CUACAAGAGGCAUUAAUACAACUUAUUUCAUUUUAUACUAUUAUGGCAUACAAUUUCUACAAAAGCAUGCUCAUUCUUUUUCUCAUUGUACUUUUCUUCCAUGUUCGAUUCUUUGAGGCGAGACAACUAGCCUCGAGCAAGGCAAAGCUGAAUGCUCUUCCUAAAGUCCUUGAAACUCCUUGUCACGCGAAUGGUCGCGCAAUUGCUGGAAAUGGAAGGUUCAGUACUGGCCCUCACGGUGCCUUCAUUAACAGAAAUCUUGAGUCUGUUCCUAGUCCUGGGACAGGAAAUUAGUUGCUUUCAAGAGGCUGAAAGUUCUGAGUUGUAUGAUAGUCUACCAUAUGUGCUGUGUUUGUGCUAUUUCAUCUAGUAACCCAGUAGAAAAAUGUAAAGAGUGGACAUGGUCUUCUCAUAAUUAUGUUUUAUUGCACUUGCACCUCUAGUUUCAUCCAUCUAUUUGAAACCAAUAUAUAUAUAUCCUACUCAUCUGCCUCACCGACAAGAUUGCUUCGCUCGUUUCCUUUUAGAACAAAAUUCAUUUAUUCAU